CCGGGACUGAAAAGGCCUACUUAUUCCUCAUUUUUGGUUCAGUUGCCUCCAUCUGCAUCACCACAUGGCACAAAUACAGAUGAGCAAUCAGGAGGUGACUUAUUCAACCCUGAGAUUUCUUCAGUCUCCUUCAGAAUCACCGAGUAGAUCAAGGAGUGAUUCUACUCAGAGUCCUAGAAAAGCUGUUGACAAAGAGUUUUCUGUGCCCUGGAACUUUAUUGCAGUGACUCUUGGAAUUUUCUGUUUACUUUUGUUGACGACAGUCAUAGUGUUGGUGAUCAAGAUUUUUCAGUGUGUUCAAGAAAAACAUCACCAGCAGGAAAUUAUAAGAAACUUCAGCAAACAGCAUGACAUUAUGAAAAAUGACUACUACUUAAAGGAACAAGAUUGGAUAAAUAAGUCUUUAGAAUAUGAUAGUCUUAAAAAUAAAACCCUUCAUUUGGAAUCAAAUCAUGAGAACAAAUGUCGUAAGAAAAUUGAGAUCUAUUCAGAAUUUUUGCAAAAUAAAGGUUUGAUCUGUGAAGGCCACUGGUCCUGUUAUGGAGUGAAAUGUUAUUAUUUUACCAAGAACAAAGAAAAAUGGGAGGGAUGUAAGAAAACUUGCCAAGACAAUGGAUUAUCCCUUUUGAAGUUAAAUGAUAAAGAUGAACAGGCCUUCCUUAAACAACAGGCUUGUAAAAAUAAUUACUGGAUUGGAUUAUCAUAUGAUGAAUGUGAAAAGAAAUGGAAAUGGGUUGACAGUGACACAUCUUCUGGAAUUCAUCUUCAAGUAAUGAUGUCUCCUGUAAGAGGACAUUGUGUUUUUUUAUCUGCAACAAGAGAAGACUCUAUUGAAUGCAAUAAUAGCUACAAUUGUAUUUGUGAAAAAAGACUGUAAAGUAUUUCAUCUGCUU